UGAUGUCAUCAGUUUACCUUGUGACCAAUGAAGAGCCAGAAUUCAGCAGCGCUUUAAUACGGUAUAAAACGUUUUCUUACAUGCACGAUUAGUGAUCGGAUAGGAAGUGUUCAGAGCAGCUGUGUAGUGCACUACAUCUUCAACAGACAGAAGAAGACUGAUGGAGAGGAAGUAAAGAAGACUGAUGAUGAGGGUUAGGAUCAAUGAGGUUCAGUGAGGGUGUACGCUGUUUGAAUGAGAUAUGAGAAUGAGUGCCAUGUGUGUGAGUUACUACACCGCGGAGAAGGAGCUAGUGCCAGCGUUCACAUGCCCGAAAGCCGGUGGCGACGAGCGUGCGCGGUUCUGCUGCGGCUUCAAUGACGUUAAAUACUGCUGCGAUGAUGCCAACAGCUUCUUUCCCUAUGAGUAUGGAUACAUGUGGUGGCUCAGUAUCGGUGCUCUCGUAGGUCUGUCCGUAGCUGCAGUCGUUCUCUUGGCCUUCCUCAUCACCGUGUGCGUUCUCUGCGUCCUCUUCAUCAACGUCAAACCCAGUCGGCUGGACAACGGACUUCCCCUCAGCGAGCCGGGCUGUGAGCCGAGUCCUGCUCCCAGCCAUUCCACAGGACCACAGGGUUUCCACAAACAUUUCCCAAGCAGCAAACUGCACUGUGCCGAGCCUGAGCGUCUGUUUCAGCCAUACUUCAGGGUCACCAUGGCCAGAGUGAAUGCUGAAGGACCCUCGUAGAUACCGAUUGGUGCUUUUAUUCCUCCAGUCACAGUCACAGCUCAGCUUCGUUUUUCAUUUCAGUCUGAAUGACCGACGACUGCUAAAACACGACACAAAUGCAAACAAAUGGAGGCCGAGCAUGGACACAGAGACAAAAACUCAUCCCAGCAGAUGUGCGCUCCAUGUAAAUCGUUCAAUCACGUCGAAAGCUGGAAAGCGAUCGAGCGAAGUGAAGUAUUAUCUGUGGAUUCCUGCUCUUGAUCGCAGACCCUAUUUCAAAAAUUAUACUUAAAAUAAGAUGUUGAAAGAAAUUAACAGAAGGUUCCGUUGUUUUGUGUCUUUUCUUUUCUUGGAUUUUAGAAGGUAAAAAAAAAAUAACCCUGCAUGGCAUUGGAUGUGAGCCAAUGUACUCAAAUGUUUUCUUAUUUGAUCUUUGAAAGGAUCGAACUUGAGCCAAGAGUAAACGUGAAGACGCACCGUGGCAGAGAUGAAAUUGAAAUUCCUGUAGACGUGACCUGGCCUUAUGACAUGGCAACCGAUUAUUUCUUCAUAUGAUGCUGUUAAUUAAAAUGUGCCGUAUUCUUUGAUGUUUAAAUCAGUACGGAAUUUGCAUCUGCAGGAUACUAUGCAAAACUGUACAGAUCUGGCAACCAGCACUAUUUACCAGCUUGCCGAAGGCCGCGGAUUUAGUUUCAAUUCGGAUUCAAGCAGAAAAGGCUUGCUACUGGCUGAAAUGUUUGACAAGGGCACUGCUGGGGAGCCUGGUCUUUAUUCCCUCAUUCCCAUUUCCACACAUCACCAUAGAGCUGGACAAUCCUAAGACUCUUAGGUGAGACUCAGAGACUCAGAACCAGCGCCUGGUUCCUCUCAAGGUUUUUCUUCUGCAUUUAGUCUCAGGGUCAUUGUUAUCCUUCUGAUUUCUUCGGAAUAAAAAUCCAUCCUGCUGGUGGUCAUGACGUUGUAUAUUGUUUCUUGUGCUUUGGAAAUAAAUUUGAUCUGACCUGAGAAUGAGAAAGACUGACGACUUUCAUCAAAGCAAAUCUCUAAAAAUUAAAAUGAGUUCCAGAGACUUCCGGUCGGAACACCGUUAAGAUGGUCGCAUAGCGAGAGAGCUCCCGGUAGAACCAGAGAAAUUAAGUAAAUUCCCCCAUUCAAGUCGAGUAAAUAAUUUAAUAAAAAGCAUAGAAAAGGGGGUAAGAACCAUAAUUCCACUCAGAGCAAUUAAAAACCGUCAUAAGACAAGGAGUGAGAAAGACGGGGCACAGCAACGUAGCAAUAAUAGCAGCUAACAGGUCUAAGCUAGCGGAGAAAUGUCUGACCUGGAGUUGAUUCUGCGAGAACUAAGAGAGUUUCGCCGAGAAAAUAAGGAACAAUUAGAGACAAUAAAAGAAGAAAUUGUAAAGGUGAAUGCCAGACUGGACGAGGCAGAAGGGCGAAUUGAGAAAGCAGAGGAGAGGAUCCAAAACACAGAGGAAGUUAUCACGGCUAUGCUACAGCUGCACACUAAAAUGGAGGAUA